UAUUCGGGCAUUUUUUUUAACGCCGCCAAGUUACGGCCGUUAAGCGUUACGCGAUACGAAGUGUGAGUCACACACAGGUGCCACGGAACCGGACCCCGCUGCGGAGAAAGAUCGCGAUUCCAUUCCUCUUUCUCCUUCUUUCUCUUUCGCCGACCGAGACACACGUACACGCGCGCGUAUCCGCACGCACUCCGCCACUUCAGUCUGUGCCGCGAUCGGAAUUGGGAAGGCCUAGAGCGAAUCCAAGAUCGGCCCCGGUCCCCACACGCGUUUCACCCGACGUGCGUCCACGUCGAUGACUCUUGGACGAGUGAUCCGGGCACAGUGAGGGUAUCCUCUCCUCCAAGAAGGGGUAUCCACAGUGACAAGAGAGAGAGAGAAAGAGAGAGAGAAAGGACCAAAGGACCAAGGAAAAGGAGAGGAAAGAAGAUUUCCAGCGGGUGAUUCGUUGGAUUUUUCUGAACCGAGGUCUAGAUACGAUUCGUAUACGAAGAGGAGCGAGAGAUUAAGAGGAAAUUAGAGAGGUCUCGAUAGGAGUGCAGGGUGGAAGUCGAAGUCGUUGGUUACGUCGGAAGAGCGAACGUUUACACGCUCGUAAAACGGUGAAACGGAGGGGGUUUUACAUGCGUCAUCGUCGUGCGGGUACAAAUCGCACGCGACCAUACGUUUCGACGACAGUACACGUGCGUAACGACGCGCUCGAUCGCUCCUGCGAAACACGGGGCUACGAUCCUCUUUCAAGGACACACGGUGAUAAAUGCGGUGCCGGAGAUGACGUCCUCCGCGUUCUCCAAAAUGUCCAUCCGGCUGGUACUGCUGUGCUUGACGGUCGUCACGUGUAACGGUGUACCUGUGCCAGAAGAGACUGAUGAAGUUACCACGAUCAAGUCUACGACGAUCACCGCGAUCUCUAUCGAUCCCGAAAUCAAGGGUCACUCGAUGGACGAUAUCUUGCCAGGAACGAAAACUCCGCCGAGUCCAGUGAUAUUCGUGGACGUUCCAGAACACAUAGAGACGGAACUCGGCUCAUCCGUGCUUCUAGCGUGCAGAACCGCUAAUCCUGUGGCAGAGUGCCAAUGGUCCUGGCAACCUUUGCCUCCGGUUCACCUCCCAUUACCGGAUAUAAGCGAAACUCCGGCGACCACCACCACGGUCUCGAUGAUUCAGACGACAACCACGCCGACUACAAAUCCGUUGCCGGUACGACAAUUUCCUGCCUUCGGGAACAAUAGCAACGACUGUUCCGUAAGAUUCUCGAGUACGAAGCACGAGCAGACCGGAUACUGGACCUGCGCCGCGAGAACUUCCACGAAUGAUCCUUUCACCAGCACGGAACCCGCCAAGCUGAGCAUCGUUAAUGAGCACCAGAGUCCCCUGAUCGUAUUUUCGAAGCUUGAUAACAUCGUCGAGGUCCCAGCAGGAUCCUCGGCGCAAAUAAUGUGCCAGAUGAAAUCACCUGUCCGUGAAUGCCAAUGGUCCUGGCGGCAGUUGAACCAAUCGCAGCCGUGGAACCUCGAGGUGAAGCGAUUCCCAGCUUUCGGCAACGACAGCACAGAUUGCAGUAUUAAAUUCAAGAACGUGUUGCCCGAGCAAGAAGGAUAUUGGACAUGCGGUGCCAGAAUCGAUCCGAAUUCCUCCUUCACGCAGUCGAAUCCCAUACGAUUUCUUAUUUCGGAAGUCGAAUUCGUACAAUUGUCUAGAGGAAUUCAAGUGGCAUCCGGCGAAUCCGUGCUUCUCAGGUGUCUGGUAAACAAGCCGGUAGUACAAUGUGAAUGGUCUUGGAAAGCUUCGAACUCGAGUCAAGAACCUCUGUUAGUGAAGAAGUUCAAUCCGAACAAAGACGCUGAUCACGACUGUUCGGUGAGGUUCAAGAAUAUCUUGUACGAGGAGGAAGGAUUAUGGACGUGCGGUGUUCGAUUGUCACCAGAUGGAAUUUUGCACGAAGCACCACCCGCGACUGUUAGCCUUCUACCCACAGCCAAAGUUAACUUCGUUGAAAUGCCGACGGACACUUCCGUACCGGUUGGUACGGAAGCCAUGUUAAAAUGCGUAACAAGCAGCCGUGUGGAGAAGUGUACGUGGUUCUGGAAACCGCUUCACGGAAACGAACCGGAGAUCGUCAUUGAAGAAUAUCCAAGCAAUGGCGACCUUGGUAGAGACUGUUCGUUCACAUUUCCGAAAGUGUAUAUCGAAAAACAGGGUCAAUGGGCCUGUCAAGUGUCGAUCGGUUCCCUCAACACGAUAUUGACCUCGCCGUACGCCAAACUCACCGUAUUCGAGCAAGACGACGUAAAAUUCUCAGAGCUGUCUAAAGACAUCCAAAUAACAGCCGGUGGAAGCGUUUUUCUCCAUUGUGUCACUUCCUCGGCCGUGGAACAGUGCCGAUGGUCCCUGACGCCGGUGAACUCGAACACAACGGUAGUGGUGAAGCAAUUUCCGGCGGCCGGAAGCGAGGCCAGAGACUGUAGUGUCAGGCUGACGCACGCGCUCGCGGAACAGGAAGGACUGUGGACCUGUGGUGCCAGAAUACGCGGCAGACAAAACUACACGGACGCACCUCCGGCCAAGCUGAGUCUCCUGGAACCAGAACCAGUGACUGUGGUAUUGUGGGCUGUGCCCCAUCAAAUGGUUACUCUUUCGUGCAAAGUAGAAACUAUGUUAUCAGAAGUACAGUGCCACUGGAUUCAUGCGCCAAAAAUCCAUAUUUAUCAGAAUGGAACAAAAAGGUAACUUCUUUUUUGAAUUUAAAAUUAAUAAAGUUAAAAGUUUAUGUAAUUAAAUUCUUCUUCUUUUUUUUUUUUU